AUGGCAACUCUAACCCUCAAAGAAGGAUGGUUGGUAUCUCAGACACUUUUAUAAGAAAAAACUCUAAAAUAAUAAAACAUCUAUGGAAGUGCAACGUCCUUAAAUAAAUAAAUAUAUUAGUAAUGCCCAAAUAGUUUCAUUAAGUAAGGAAUAUCCAGAGAUUCAUUAAAUAGCUAUUCAGGCCUAUCACAAUACUAAGCCCAUUAUUCAACUUUUUUUAGAUUUAAGAUUCUUAAAUAAGAUUUAAGGAUUUUGCGAGCAUUAUCUUAAUUAAGAGUAAAAUGGCAUCAUUUCUAAAAGAGGAAAUCAGUAACAAUGGGGAAAUUGGUAACAUUCUUAGAUGAUAUAAAUAAGCAAGAGAGGAAAUGCGUGAUCUUUAUUGAUUUCUCAAAUGCAUAUUGCACCAUCAUUAGAAUUAAGUUAUUCUUAGUUAUGGAAGAAAAAGAAGUGUUAAAAUUGAAUAAAUUGACAUUUCUUAAAGGACUAUGUUCUUUACUUCAUUAUCAAGACCCUCUCAAAGAAUAAGAGAAAUGGUGGUUUAAAUGGAGUUUUUUAUUGAUCCACAUUAUCACUAUUGCUAUUCAACAUUUAUUUGGAUGCCUUUUUAUAAGAUAUCUCCUCAAAUAUGAAUUAAGAGCUGAAUGUUGA